CUCCAUCAGUGGACCUGCCUGUGUUAGUUGCCAUUUGUCUGCCUACUUACUCAUUCACUCAUGCAUUCAUGACAUCAGUAGUGCCACUCUGUUCUGUGCCAGGCCCUACAUAGGCACUAAGUGGCCCCUGCCCCUAAGAAACCCAGGGGUCUAGUAGAGCUGCCUUCUCUGGGGGCUGUGAUGUAUUUCAGCUGCGUAGAGAGCGAAGCAUGUUCUCUGUAUGAAGAAUGGGAAGAUUCCUCAAGAUGUACCCCUAAGGACCCUGUGAGGUACAUGGAAAAGAUCUGCAUGUAAAUGGUGCUGUGUACCUGGGUUAUUUCUGGGAAGUGAUGCAGUUUGAAGGAGGUGAACUCCAGCAUGUGGCCUGGGACCUGCAGGGAGAGGAGCUUACAAUUCUCAUUCCAUGUCUUCAUGCGUGGCUUAGGUGGUAAACUCGAGGCCCAUGUUACCUUUGUUGAAAGAUCAGUGAAUACAAGGAGACACAUCCAGGCUUCCACAGCAGGUGCUUCAGCAUAUAAACAGUCUUAGAAUGAACAGUCUAGAAUGAACCAUCUGCCGGAAUAAAUAGUAAACUCUUAGAACCACCACGCUACAUGCUUUAUGUAUAUUAUGUCCCAUCUUCCCCCCCAGAACUCGCAAGGAAGGUACAUAAGCUCCCAUUUUGCUGAUGAGAUUACCAUAGCUUAGAGAGUUUAAGUAACUUGCCUGAGAACACACAGCCAUCAGGUGGCCUGAGGCUUGCAUCUAUCCCGGUAUUAAGUCAAAGGAAACUGAUCUAGAAGUCACCAUGGCAGAACUGUAAUCCUGGGGCAGCCUCUGAUUAGCUGGUGACCACACUGGGAACCAGGGGCCUUUGCUGGCUACAUCCUCUGCUGACAGCAUGUAGGAGGUGGCUGUGAGAGUUGUAACAUUGAUGUGAGAGAAUGUGGCAAACCGGGCUGUAUAGGGCCAAGCGUUAAGCUGGGAGCUCCUGUUGCAAAGGUUUCAUGAGGUGUGACAGCACAGCUUCCUGGAGCAGGCGGGAAAGGAAAGGAACCAUCGCACCUAAUAGGGGGACUUUGUGUCCGCAAAGCCAGAUGCCAAGUCCUUUGCCCAUACUUGGCCCAGAACAUCACACAGCCCUGGGAGGUGUCAAGGUCAGGGAGUGGUAUCCAUCGUGGUCCAGGGACAAACCAGAACCCAGGGAAACAGAGCUGGCUCCAGCCUGUACACACCACCAGGCUCUGGAGCUUGAAUUUCCUCUCAUCAUGACCAUCCCUCCACCCCGUGCAGCCCACCACUCACACUGUGCAACCCCAGGUCAGAGGCCCAAUGAAAAGCCAAGAAACGUCUGCCUGGGGAUCCUGAAUGCAGGCCAGUAUGACUCCUUCUCCUUGGAGGAGACCGCCCAGUGCUUUGCAAAAUGUCGACGGAGGCACCAGGAGUCAUGCAACGAGGGGAAACUGCACAGCUACUGGCUCAACUAUGAGAAGUACCUGGUGCAGAAUUCGGAGCACAGGGUGGACUUGCCUUUCGUCAAAGCUGUGGUCCAGAGCUUCAGCACCAACACCACGGAGGACCUGAACUUUUCUCUAAAGCCCUCUGAGGUUCCAAGGCGAGUAAUGAAGGGCGAGAACAAACCCCUUGUUGGAGUCCGAUUUCCCAAGAGCCUUUUCAGAAACCUGCCAGGCAACAGGUCCGCAGUCCAGCUGGCUUUGAUGGUUCUGGAUGUAGGUCUGGGGACUCUCUUCAAGGGUCCCCAGCUCAGCCUGGAGGAUGGCAGCCGCGUAUUGAACAACUGCCUGGUGAGCUUGAGUAUGAACAAAACACCUGUCACCAGGCUGGCCGAGCCUGUGGAAAUCACUUUCUCCCACCAGCGCCAGCCCCCCAACAUGACCUUCACCUGCGUGUUCUGGGACACGGACAAAGGAGACUGGGAUUCCAAGGGCUGCUCCACGGAGUGCCAAGCCGAGAAGACUGUCUGCCGCUGCGAUCACCUGACUUUUUUUGCCUUGCUGCUGAGGCCUAUCUUGGACCAGACCACCGCACACAUCCUCACACGCAUCUCCCAGGCGGCCUGCGCUGUCUCCUCCAUCUUCCUGGCCUUUACCAUUGUCCUCUACGCUGCCUUGAGGCUCUCCCGGCAGAGGUUCAAGUCAGAAGAUCCCCCCAAGAUCCACGCGUCCCUGAGCAGUAGCCUGCUUCUGCUGAAUCUGACCUUCUUGGUCAAUGUGGGCAGUGGCUCUGGAGGCUCCAGUGCUACCUGCUGGGCCCGGGGUGCCAUGUUCCAUUACUUCCUGCUUACUACCUUCACCUGGAUGUGCCUGGAAGCCUUCCAUCUCUACCUGCUUGCCAUUCGGGUCUUCAACACCUACUUUAGGCACUAUUUCCUAAAGCUAAGCUUGGUGGGCUGGGGCCUGCCUGCCCUCGUGGUCAUUGGCACAGGGAGUGCCAACAGCUAUGGCCUCUACAACAUCCGUGACCAGGACAACCGUACCUCGCUGGAGCUGUGCUGGUUCCAUGAAGAAACCGCCCUCCAUGUCACUGUCCAUGGCUACUUCCUGGUCACCUUCCUAUUCGGCGCUGUGGUCCUGGCCUUGGUGGCAUGGAAGAUCUGUACUCUUUCAAGUGCCAUGGCGGGCAAGCAGGAGGGGCAGAGCUGGAAGGCGGUCUUCACAGUGCUGGGGCUCUCAAGCCUUGUGGGCGUGACGUGGGGGCUGGCCAUCCUCACACCCCUGGGUCUCUCCACCAUCUAUGUCUUCGCACUUCUCAACUCACUGCAAGGUGUCUUCAUCUUUUGCUGGUUCUCCAUGCUCUACCUGCCACGUCAGAGCACCAACUCCUCCUCCUCUGGCACUGCCCGGGUGGACCAGGCCCAGUUCUCAUCACCUGAAUAGGAGCCCUCGGCCUUGCUUUGGAGAUGUGACUGGCUGUUUGGGUCAUCUUGGGUGGCUCCCCACCUUCCUCCAGGCUGCAGUCUCUUCCUUGGUGCCAUGCAGAGGGAGGGGCCAGGAGACAGCUGGCAUGUGGUGGCCUGUUGAAUCCCAUUCAGACAUGUCCAUGGGCCCACAAGGCCAAGGACCCAGACUGCAGGAGGCCAAGUUCCUGUCAUCCUGAGACUCCUACCAGCACAGAGUACCACUGUCUGUGUCACCAGGCAGCUUCUUUUGGCCAAUGCCCACCAGCUGAGCACAGUAGGGGUCUGAACCAAAGAGGGGAGCAUGUAGUUGGCUGAGCCCCUAAGGAGCCUUGGUUCUUCCUACGCAUUUCCCAAUGUCCCCUGCAGCCAUACCCAAGGAUAGUCAGGAGGUUGCCACUCCUCAGCCCGGAGAGAGUUGUGAACUGGACGUUUAUUUGGAACUCCUCCCAUGGAGCUGCCCUGGGGUCUUUGCCUUUUGUUCCAGCACCUAUCUUCAUGGAAGUGACCCAAGCAUUCACAGGCUGCUAGCCCACCAGGUGCCUGGCAGGACACUGAGUCUCACAGGGUACCCAGGAUAGCUGUGCCACAUUCACCUGAUCCCCUACCCAUCAUCCACCCCAAGGUCAGGCAUGUGGCUGACCCUGGACCUGCUGUCACUGUCAGGGUGGGAGGCAAUUGGUCCAGGGCUCUGUGCACCUGCCUCAUUGUGCACCUGCCUCAUGUGUGCAUCUAAGCAGGGUGAGGACUCCCUGGCAGAUAGUGGGCACCAUCACCACAGCCUGUACAUAGGGCAGGAACCCACCCUGAUGCCUUAUUCAUCUGCCCACCCCCAGCACAAGGCCUGGAAUACUUCAGGCCAAACAAACACAAAAAUGUUUCAAUAAAUAUGCAUUGG